AUAUCCAACGUCUUCAGCUGUAUUUCGCCCCCACAAAUAUGAACAAAAAACAUCUUCGUAAUCUCCGUCCACUUCAAUACGUUACAAACACACUUCCAUUACAUAUAACUACAAACCCAGUUCUUGAAUGCAAGCUGCCAGUUUCGUGCCUCUAAACCGCUUGCACAGAAUCAAUUGUUCAUCUCAUCUUCUCAAAAUGGCCUCUUCAUCUCUUCUUCUCCCCUCCAUUUCUGCCCACCCCAUCUCGUUUCUUGAUUCUUCAGGCUCUUUGAAAAGCUCCGCUUCUUUGUGUUUCAAAGGGUUUGGUACUAAUGGUGGGAUCAGAGGGCUAAAGGGGUGCAGAAAUUUGGAUAAAUCUAGGGUUUUUAUGGGGGUCCCUCAAACUACUACUGUGGACGAUGCUUUGUUUCUUGGCUUCAAGCCCACCUCAGCUUUUCUGUUUCCUGGCCAGGGUGCUCAAGCUGUUGGAAUGGGUCUGGAGGCUCAAAAGGUACCUGCUGCUGCUGAAUUGUUCAGUAAAGCAAAUGAAAUAUUAGGGUUUGACUUAUUGGAUGUUUGCAUUAGUGGACCGAAGGAGAAGCUAGACUCCACUGUUUUGAGCCAACCAGCAAUCUAUGUCACCAGUUUAGCUGCAGUUGAGGUACUACGUGCCCGUGAAGGAGGUCAGCAAAUUAUUGAUUCUAUAGAUGUUACAUGCGGUCUAAGUUUGGGAGAAUACACUGCUUUGGCAUUUGCUGGAGCUUUUAGCUUUGAGGAUGGACUCAAGCUGGUAAAAUUGAGGGGUCAAGCCAUGCAGGAAGCUGCAGAUGCUGCUAAAAGUGCCAUGGUUAGUGUCAUUGGACUAGAUUCCGAAAAGGUGCAACUUUUGUGUGAGGCUGCUAAUGAAGAAGUAGAGGAAGCAGAGAAAGUUCAAGUUGCAAAUUUCUUAUGCCCAGGAAACUAUGCAGUAUCAGGAGGAGUCAAGGGGGUGGAAGUCUUAGAAGCUAAAGCCAAAUCUUUUAAGGCUCGAAUGACGGUCCGUCUAGCCGUUGCUGGUGCUUUCCACACCAGUUUCAUGAAUCCAGCUGUCUCAAGAUUGGAAGCUGCUCUGGCAGCAACAGAAAUAAGAGUCCCAAGAAUACCUGUUAUAUCCAAUGUUGAUGCACUACCACAUGCAGAUCCUGAAACAAUUAAGGAAAUAUUAGCUCGUCAGGUAACUUCCCCUGUUCAAUGGGAGGCAACUGUAAAGACUCUCCUAGGCCGAGGUGUAAAGAAGAGCUAUGAGUUGGGACCUGGAAAGGUCAUAGCUGGCAUUUUCAAGAGAAUGGACAGAAGUGCUGAGAUUGAGAAUAUUAGUGCAUAAGAAAUGUAUGAUAAUAUGUUGUUACUAGCACCAUCCCCUCAAGCAGUGAGCUGGUUUUGUACCGUUUAGUCCCUUGAGAUUCAUCAAGAGAGAGAUAGAGUCAAGUGGCUAGUUUGAAUUUUUUAAUUUAAGUCUUUGUGUUGAACCAUCUUAGAAACGUCCUCCUUGGUUGCAUGGAUGAUGUUGUGAAGGGCUAAAUAAUAAUUUGCUUAAUUUAAGUAA